GGCUCGGUAUCCAGCUCUAUCCUGUGCGUAAAAUCAUGCAGAAAUAAAUGUAGGUGAGAAAAUUCACGGUUGCUGUGAAGGUAGUCCUUAAAAGUGCAUGAACAAAGUAAGCCAAAUUUCAAGUGUUUCGAAGCUUGCAGAUUCCAAAAAAGAAAAAGAAAAAAACUUGAGAAUAUCGUUUUUAGUUGUUUAUUUAUUUUUACUCCAAAUGGAUCUAGUGCUGUAUGUCGGUGCUUUGGUUAUUUUGUUUCUUUUAUGGAUCAGGAUAAAAGGCUUAGAUUAUGUUAUAAUUCACCAGCGAUGGAUAUUUGUUUGCCUUUUCCUUCUGCCCUUGUCUGUGGUGUUUGAUGCCUACUAUUAUGUGCGAGCUUGGAUCAUCUUUAAGAUGUGCUCAGCGCCAAAGCUGCACAACGAGCGGGUCCGAGACAUCCAGAGACAGGUUCGUGAGUGGAAGAAGGAGGGAGGAAAGGCGUAUAUGUGCACAGGACGUCCUGGCUGGUUGACCGUGUCUCUGAGGGUGGGGAAAUAUAAGAAGACUCACAAGAAUAUAAAAAUCAAUAUGAUGGAUAUCCUAGAGGUGGACACAAAAAGACAGGUCGUACGUGUGGAGCCCUUGGUAAAUAUGGGUCAGGUGACAGCCCUAUUGAAUUCCAUCGGCUGGACCCUACCUGUAUUACCUGAGCUUGAUGAUCUCACAGUAGGGGGUUUGGUAAUGGGCACAGGGAUCGAGUCCUCGUCUCAUAUUUAUGGCCUGUUCCAACACAUCUGUGUGGCUUUUGAGUUAGUACUGGCAGAUGGCAGUCUGGUUCGCUGCACUGAGACGGAGAACUCUGAGCUGUUCUAUUCAGUCCCGUGGUCCUGUGGAACCCUGGGCUUCUUGGUGGCAGCUGAGAUUCGGAUUAUUCCAGCUCGGCAGUGGGUGAGGCUGCGCUACAAGGCCGUGCGGGGAUUGGAUGGCAUCUGUAAGGUGUUUGCAGAGGAGUCUGCUAACAAAGAGAAUCAUUUUGUGGAAGGGCUACAGUAUUCGCUCGACGAGGCUGUUAUUAUGACCGGCGUUAUGACUGACCACGCCGAGCCUGACAAGAUCAAUCGCAUUGGUCACUACUACAAACCCUGGUUCUUUAAGCACGUGGAGAAGUACCUGAAGGAGGAUGGACCUGGUGUGGAGUACAUCCCACUCAGACAUUACUACCACAGACACACACGAAGCAUCUUCUGGGAGCUACAGGACAUCAUUCCAUUUGGGAAUAACCCUCUGUUCAGGUUUGUGUUUGGCUGGAUGGUUCCUCCUAAGAUCUCCCUGCUGAAGCUGACUCAGGGCGAGACCAUCCGCCGGCUUUACGAGCAACAUCACGUGGUGCAGGACAUGCUGGUGCCCAUGAAGCACAUGCACACGGCCAUCACACACUUCCACCAUGGCAUUCAUGUGUAUCCCCUGUGGCUGUGCCCAUUCAUAUUGCCCAGUCGGCCAGGCAUGGUGCAUCCUAAAGGAGAUAAGGAUGAGCUGUAUGUGGACAUUGGGGCAUACGGGGAACCCCAAGUCAAACACUUUGAGGCUCGGGCCUCCACACGCCAGCUUGAGAAGUUUGUACGAGAUGUAAACGGUUUCCAGAUGCUUUAUGCGGACGUGUACAUGGAACAAGAAGAAUUCUGGGAAAUGUUUGACAGUACGCUGUAUCAUAAGCUAAGGAAGGAGCUGGAGUGUGAGCAGGCAUUUCCUGAAGUGUACAACAAAAUCUGCAAAGCUGCAAGACACUGAGACAAAUUCAGUCCUGAUUGAAAUACAGGAACAAAUGAAAAUGGAAUUAAUAAUAAUAAUUAAAAAAAAAGCUCCUGAAAAGUCAACCAGCUAUAGGCAAUAUUACAGUCUAUAUUUUUUUUAAAUUGGAUUUUUAACAUUAAUCACAUAUACUUGAGCCUUUACAUUUAAAUCUAUUUUUGGCAAACAAUAUAAAUGAAGGGAAUAUUAGUAAAAUAUGUAAUUUUACACCAAAUAUUGUCCUUUUUUAUGUGCAUCUAAAUGUACCUUAUUUGUACUCCUACCAUAGAUAUAUUUUGCCAAUGAACGUACAUUUUAAUGCCAAGUUCCAUUGUUGUCCAUGUUAGUCUUGUAUAUCAAGGCACAACAUUAUAACUCAUGUCAACAGGUAUUGCUUUUCCAGAGGUGCCAUCUGUAAAUUCUCCUUAAUAUUUUUUUUUUCAAGACAAAAUCCAGACUACCCUUAUGUCAGUGAAGUGUCUUUAAAUGAUUCUAAUACGCACAAAUGCACAAACUUGUCUGAAUGUUGCUUCCACUGUAUCACCACUCAGAAGUACCACUUGAAGAAAUAUACAUUACUUCCUUUAAGCCUUAUAGCUGUACACUCAUUUUUUCUUCACUUUCACCAUCAUUUUGUAGGAGCUCUAAAGUAAACACGAAUUUUAUUGUUGGUUUUCA